AAGCACCGGUUCGUUGAGCGCUCGGCCCGGCCCGGACCGGACUCGAGCACUUUUCCAAACAUCGCUCCUCGCUUCUCCCAUGACCCCCUCUCUGCCCCAACUACGCGGCGGCACGCUGUCUUGAUCGGCCAUUCAAAGACGUCUUCGGAAGAGCUGAUUAAAUCUUUCAAAUCAAAAAGUUUAUUUUGCUGAUUGGAGCACCUCAAAGUUUCCUUCAAGAACCGUCAGAAGUAUGGCCCAAUAGAGGGAAGAGGUUUGCAUCGAACAAUCGAAGCCGGGGAAAGGUCAUGGCGAACGUUCGCUCGCUUCUCUUGGGUUUGGCCCGGGCACGGGGUUCCUCUUUGUUUGGCAUCAGUAAUGGUACUCAUCUAAGGCCUUCGUCGUUUGCAUUGGCCAAUAUCUUCUCGAGAAGCCCUUUGUCUGAUGAGCUACUUGUUCGAGUUCGUUGUAUCUCAUCUACAGGAGUUGCUUCCCAUAUGGUUCUUGAAAUGCCGGCAUUAUCCCCAACAAUGAAUCAAGGCAACAUUGCAAAAUGGAGGAAGAAAGAAGGAGAUAAGAUUGAUGUGGGUGAUGUAUUAUGUGAGAUAGAGACAGAUAAAGCGACUCUUGAAUUUGAAAGUCUUGAAGAGGGGUUUUUGGCUAAGAUAUUGACACCUGAAGGUUCAAAGGAUGUGCUUGUAGGACAACCUAUUGCAAUUACGGUUGAAGAUCCAGAUGAAAUUAAAAAUUUGCCAGCUGAUAUAUCCAAAGGGGUCGAGGCCAAACAGGACAAACCAACUCAGGAUUUAACUCAUGAUGUGAAACAUGAAGGGAUAUCUGAAAAACCAAAUUUCAGCAGAAUCAGCCCAUCAGCAAGGUUGCUUAUUGCAGAAUAUGGACUAGAACCAUCUUCAUUGAAGGCAUCAGGUCCCCGUGGUACUCUUUUGAAAGGGGAUGUGUUAGCAGCAAUUAAAUCUGGAGGACCUCCAAGAAUUUCAGAGUCUUCUCAAGAAAAGAUAUCUGGGUCGACACAUACAUCUCAGCCAUCUUCUCAUACACCACCUCCAUCUGCCACCCCUUUACUUGACAUGGAUACUCAUGAAGAUUUGCCAAAUACUCAGAUACGCAAGGUGAUUGCAAAGCGAUUGCUGGAAUCAAAGCAAAGCACUCCACAUCUAUAUUUAUCUAUAGAUGUCAUUCUGGAUCCUCUACUUGCUUUCAGAAACGAACUUAAAGAGCGGCACAAUCUGAAAGUUUCAGUUAAUGAUAUUGUCAUAAAAGCCGUUGCACUUGCAUUGAGAAAUGUACCUGAAGCUAAUGCUUUCUGGAACAAUGAGAAAGGGGAACCUUCUUUGUGUGAUUCGGUUGACAUAUCGAUAGCAGUUGCUACUGAUAAGGGGCUAAUGACUCCAAUCAUAAGGAAUGCAGAUCAGAAGACAUUGUCAGCAAUAUCUUUGGAGGUCAAAGAAUUGGCUGAGAAGGCACGAGCUGGGAAGCUUAAGCCUAACGAGUUUCAAGGUGGGACUUUCAGCAUCUCGAAUCUUGGAAUGUUUCCUGUGGAUCAUUUCUGUGCAAUUAUUAACCCUCCACAGGCUGGUAUUCUUGCUGUUGGCCGAGGUAACAAGGUUGUUGAACCUGUAGUUGGCAGCGAUGGAAUUGUAAAGCCUGGAGUUGUUACAAAGAUGAGCUUAAAAUUGUCUGCCGAUCAUCGUGUUUUUGAUGGUCAAUUGGGAGGUAAAUUCCUUUCUUCUUUGGCGUCAAACUUCAGUGACAUUAGCAGACUACUCUUGUGAGGCUUAGGAAAAGAACCCUAAGAAGUCGGUGCGAACAUUCUAUGAGAGACUAGUAGAUACCAAGGCUUUGAAGUUGUGAUUUAAAGCUUGCCUAGUGUUUAUCAAUACAAAUCCAAAAUUAAUCAAGUACAGAAAUGAAAACAUCAAAGCACCACCUGGAAAUCCAGGACAGACGGAAUUGCUUGGGCUUCAUUUAUAUUAUUGCAGGCUCUCAUUUCUGUAUCCAUUUUACGAAGCUUAGUUACUGACACCCAGAUUUCUCUUGAUCUGGCACAUUUUAUUUAUUCAUUUUGGGGCUUUCUGGUGAUGAACUGAAACGUCAAUAAGCCCAAGUGAGAUGGGCAUUUUCUUGUACCUGUUAGUCGGUAUUCUGUCUGAAUUUUAUGCAUUUUGCAGCGACAACAAUAAAGAAAAAUUGUAGAUUUCUUUUUUUUGUAA